GUAUGUAUAACCAGCAGAAAAAUCUAAUUUUUUUGGUAGAAUCGAAGAGAGGAAUGAAAAAAUGAACACCAUUUAAUCGUGUUCUUUCCCAAUCAAUUCACAAACCCUAGUUCCCAAAAUCUGAUCGUAGCUCCUUCUUCUUCUUCUUCUUCAUUCAGCAUGACAUCGUUGGGAUCUCUGAAAUCAACGAUAUUCGACAGAGAAGAGAGAAAACAGCAGUAUCAAGCACAUAUUCUUGGCCUCAAUGCAUAUGAUCGCCACAAAAAGUUUAUCAAUGAUUACGUUACUUUCUAUGGGAAAGAAGAAAAACCUUCAACCUUAAAGUUGCCCAUUAAAACAGAUAAAGACACGCUAAGAGAGGGAUAUAGAUUUAUACGUUCAGAGGAAGAUGAUAUGGAUCCAUCAUGGGAGCAAAGGCUGGUGAAGCGUUAUUAUGCUAAGCUUUUUAAGGAAUACUGUCUUGCUGACAUGUCGCAGUACAAGAGUGGUAAGAUUGGUCUCAGAUGGAGAACAGAGAAGGAAGUCAUGUCUGGCAAGGGCCAAUUUUUAUGCGGUAACAAGCAUUGCAAUGAGAAAGAUGGAUUAGCAAGCUAUGAGGUGAACUUUUGUUACUUUGAAGCUGGAGAGAACAAACAAGCUCUAGUUAAAUUGGUAGCAUGUGAGAGAUGUGCAGGGAAACUUAACUACAAGAGGCAGAAAGAGAAGGAGCAAUUAGAAAAAAGACAACAAAAGCAUGAUAGAAGAAAGAGGAGCCGUUCAAAGAGUGAUGAUGAUGAUCUAGAUGAGAGCCAAGAAAGUGAAGAGAGAAGACGAAAAGGAAAGAGGGCGUUGGUGUCAUCCAGUGAUCAUAAAAUUGACGAGGAUGAUGAUAACAUAGACGAGUUUCUCGAGGGGAUGUUUCCCUGAUUUUUUACUCUGAUUCAUUGCUAUAUCUGAAAAGUAUAUCUUGAGACCAAAGCUGGGAAAGAUGGAAAAAGGUUAGACAGUGCUGGGAGCAAGUGGGUACUGCAGGUGGAUGCCUAUAAUAUAGGAAUAUGGUGAGACCAUUGAUGCUUGAGACAAAACUCUGUUUAGCCUAUGGAGUCCUUCGAAAUUGUGCACACUAUAAUUGCUUAACAUAUGCUGGAUGCUUAGGAGCUUGUAUUCUGUACAGUUUACUAUAUAUUAUAUUUAUAUCUCCUUGUAAUCGCAGUUAUAAAUAUGCGAAGUAGAAGGAUCUGUUCCAUGUUCUGGGCUUUGUUUUAAAAUUAUCCAUUUAUUGAGCUUUAAUAAAAUAUGGUGAAAAAUGACCAUUCAUCAAA